ACGCGCUCCUCACGCGCGUGGUUUCCAGAAAUAGCUGGGGGGAGGGGCGCGUGCACGUACAAACUUCUCGUCAAGGGGGAAAAAAAAAAAAAAGGAGGCGUUCUAAGAAAAAAAGUUGGAUCAGAACCACUGCUGAAGUUCGCUGCCACGCAGUUGAGCUUCUUCCACUUAACAGGAGCCCAGCCGACCCUGCAGAGUUGUUGGUUCUGUCCCGAUGGUCCCGAUGACGGCCGGGCAGCAAGAAGAGAUGAGGCCGGUGAUAAAGAGGAGAGCUGACCCGCGAAGAUGCUGAGCCGCCGCCGUCGAGGCAUUUCCGGCCCGCUUCUGGUGCUGCUCGGAGCGGCGGGCUGCCUCUUCUACCAGAGCCUCAUUGGACAGCGCCCCGGCCCGCAGCAAGACGCCAAAGAGCCGACGGAGGACAACCGGAAGCUGGUGAAAGCCCUGGAGGGUCUGCAGAUGUCCCACAGGGCCAGCGGGCGGCGCCGGGCCUUGAUUGUGAUGGGGUCACACCCACGCAGCGACACCGAGGUGCAGCUGUACCAUAGAGUCCUGCACGACUUGGACUAUGAGGUCCACAAGUCCGCAUACUUUGAGACCAGCAGCUUUUUGGAGCACAAUCAAGGGCAAAGUGGGUGGAGUCUGCUGUUGUGUUCAAGCUCCUCAGAGAGAAGUUGUCUGAGCAAGGUCGCUUUCUCGCACCUAAGGUCACACCAGAUGGUCAAUCUUCUGCCCGGUCUGGUGGAGGCACUCUCUGCCUCAGCUCUGUGUCAGCUGACAGCCCGUGGAUUACCCAUCAUGCCUCCUGCUUGCAGUCACAACCGGACUUCCCCUCACGGCCCCGUCGGAGCUGACAGCGCGUCCACCCUGGAAUCUGGCCUGGUUGCCGUGGUGAAUGUUUACGUCGUAGUGACCUCCGUGAGGCCGCUGACCGCCUUCCUGCACGACGUUGCCGUAGUGACAGACAGUCAGAUGUCACAGGCCACACAGCUCAGGGGCUUCCUGCUGCAGCGACUUCCUCUAAAGAAUUCCCAAGAAGCUUUGGGGCAAGCUAAGGAGGUCAUAGGUCAGGUGCUGGAGGCCGCAGUGUCUGCCAGUAAAGAGGCUCAAAACCUGAACAGGUGUGUGUUGUGUUAUCAGCUGCUCACCUUCACGCUGCUCUUUAGCGGAUCCAUCAAGCCACUCAUCACGCAGGUGGACGCCGGUUUGACUCUGUCGGCUCUGAGUGAUGGUCACUUUGACAGACAGGUCACCAGAGACGUGAUCCUGGAGGACACGCUUCACUUCCUGUUGUCCUUGGAGACGCAGUCGGACGACGAGCAGCGCGCCGUCUUCACAGAGACAAGCGGCGUCCGAAUGUCUGCAGACGACUUUCUUCUUCUGCGUCGCUUUCACGGUCACAUGAUGGCGCCGAGGUCCUUCCAGCUGGUGUGUCCCGGCGUUUCUUCGUCCCGCGGCGCUUCACGUCUGUCCGACAUGCUGCUCGCCGUUGUUCGCCAUCAGGGGAGCGUCGUUGGCAGGGCCGACCAAUCAGAUGCGUCGGUCAAUCAGAGCACAGGUUCAUGCGUGGACGGCCGCCUCCGACAGAUAUACUCCGACCCCCCCCUCACGCUGAGCCCCCUCUUUAGCCCCCAUUUGAAGGAGUACCACACAGAAGUGACCUUCGACACGCUAAUGGUCAAAGUCCGAGCGGAGCCCGCCAGCGCCGACUGUGGCGUCCGCUUGGACGAGCGGCGAGCUUCCAGAGUGUUCACCUUCCCCGUCGGCCUGGGACACAACCGCGUCAACAUCCUGGUGACGGACGACGCCGUGUCGCCGCCGUCCGUGGUGGCCGUCUACACCGUGCACGUGCACCGCGAAGGCCGGCCCAGCCUGCCAAUGUUCGGGGACCAUGUGAUCUGCGGCUAUGUUCAAGAUUGUGGUCUCGUGGUUCUUCCGAAUCGCCCCUGUGGUCUGGAACCGUUUUCCAGACCAACCGAUCCACUUCCUGCCUGCACUUCCGGACAUUCCCCAGGUCGCUGGUUGGUUCCGUGCCUCAGUUGUUCUGACAACAGGACUUGUGAUUGGCGGAAGGUUGCCUGGCAACCCGACAGUUGCUAUCAUGGAGUGGUGAAGCGCCCCCUGCUGCAGGAGUGUAUGACAGGUAGAAAGGUGUUGUUCUUGGGGGACUCGACCAAUCGGGGCAUGAUGUACUUCCUGAUGGAGCGGCUCAACUCCAGCUUGGUGGACUGGGACAAAGCCCACGACAUGCUGGUCUACAAGAACCUGAACCACGGUCGGACGUGGGUCAGCUACUCGUAUUAUCCUCAGUUCUGGUUGGACCACGAGCUAAGGCCCACCUUCAAGCAGGCGCUGACCCAGCUUCUGCACAGGUCAGGACCUCUGAUGAACUCUGAGAUGACCGUGUUGGUGGUGGGAGGAGUUCAGUGGCUCAACAGCAAGCACCUGUGGAUGGUUCGUGAGGUUCUGGAUAGCGAGUCUCUCAGUGGAGUCCAAGUGGUGGUCAAGUCUUUGGGUAUGGGCUUCCAUCUUCCUGUGGACGGGAUCCGAUUUCGCAGUCCGAAGGAGAUCCAAAAGCUUCCCAGAGAGAACCAGAAUAUUAUCACUGCUGCAAAGCAUCACGGCUUUGAGGUGAUCGACACAUUGGCCAUCACGAUGGCUCGCUACCAAGACUUCCUGCCGGGACGUUGUGCGUGCCACUUCCAUCAGGUGGACAAGUUCUGUGCCGAGUCGCCCCACCGCACAACCCAACCUGGAAGCCAAUUAAACACUGCAAACCCUCCCCCAAGAGCGAAGACCAAUACCUCGUCCUAUCAUGUAAUUGGAGCUGUCAACCAGGUGUAUGCCAACAUCCUGCUGAGUCGCCUGUGUCCGAGUACGUAAACUGACCCACAACAUCUAAGACAGUUAUCAGAUGGCCCUAGAACCCAUGGACCUCAAUAUUAUGGAGCUAGGUAAAAUAAAGGACCUACAACCACCUUUAACAUGGACCUACUAUCGUGGACCACAAAUAACAAGAAGAUGAACCCACAGUCAUAGGCCUGGAAUUACUAGUACAUGCAUCUACAAUAAUCUAGGAAAUUGACCUACAAUCAUAGGCCUAAAAUAACUAUCAAUCAAUGUUUACUUAUAUAGCCCUAAAUCACUAGUGUCUCAAAGGGCUGCACAAACCACCACGACAUCCUCGGUAGGCCCACAUAAGGGCAAGGAAAACUCACACCCAGUGGGACGUCGGUGACAAUGAUGACUAUGAGAACCUUGGAGAGGAGGAAAGCAAUGGAUGUCGAGCGGGUCUAACAUGAUACUGUGAAAGUUCAAUCCAUAAUGGAUCCAACACAGUCGCGAGAGUCCAGUCCAAAGCGGAUCCAACACAGCAGCGAGAGUCCCGUUCAAAGCAGAGCCAGCAGGAAAACAUCCCAACUACAACAUGGACCUUCAAUAAUCUAGAAACACUAGAAGAUGGAUUCAUCAAGACAUUAACCUAUACAUGACCUACAGUCAUAGACCUAGAUGAACAAGAACAUGGAUCUACAAUUAUCUCUCUGCAAUCAAGAACCUAGGAACAUCUGGCACAUGGAUUUACAUUCAUCUACACCUGGACCUAGCUGUACCUACAACACGGAUUGAUAAUCACGGACCUCGAACAUCAAUAACAUGGAUCUGAAAUUAACGAGAGCAUGGAUCUUCAAUCAUAGACAUAGUCACAUCCAGAACAUGGACCUCGAUCAUCAAGGACUUUGACCUAGGUAAACCUGUGGACAAUUGACCUCUAACCAUGGCCUCAAAAACAACAAUGACAUGGAUCUACACUCACCUAGGACAUAUGCCUACAAACUUGGGCCUAGGCCAUUUAUAACAUAAAUCUAGACUUAUCAAGGACAUGAACCUAAAAACAUAUAUAUUCGUGGCUGCAGAAACAGCUAGACCAUGGACCUAUAAUCACCCGACACAUGGAUCUUGAAACACUACAACAUGAGCCUAGAAACAUGUAGAUUCAUGGCUCUAGAAACAUAUAGAACGUGGAUUCUAAAACAUGGACCUAGAAAUAGCUAGAUUCAUGGCUCUAGAAAAAUCUUGGCAUGGAGCUACAACCAGAUAGUUGGUCCAAGAAACAUCUACAACUGGGACCUAGAUUAAUCAACAAUGUGCAGCUAGAAUUGAGGGCUCCGACCAGGAUUAUUGACCUAAAAUUCAAAUAGGUCAAGAAGCUACAUAAAAUGUACUCAAGCUAAGAACCUUCUGAGAAGCAACGUCCUCUGCAGACAUUUUGCAUCGUAUAAAACAGUGGUUCUCAAAUGGGGGUACGUGUACCCCUGGGGGUACUUGAAGGUAUGCCAAGGGGUACGUGAGAUUUUUUUUAAAAUAUUCUAAAAAUAGCAACAAUUCAAAAAUCCCUUUAUAAAUAUAUCCAUCCAUCCAUUUUUUACCGCUUAUUCCCGGGGGGCGCGAAUAAUACUUCAACAAAAUAUGAAUGUAAGUUCAUAAACUGUGAAAAGAAAUACAACAAUGCAAUAUUCAGUGUUGACAGCUAGAUUUUUUUGGGGACAUGUUCCAUAAAUAUUGAUGUUAAAGAUUUCUUUUUUUGUGAAGAAAUGUUUAAAAUGAAGUUCAUGAAUCCAGGUGGAUCUCUAUUACAAUCCCCAAAGAGGGCACUUUAAGUUGAUGAUUACUUCUAUGGGUAGAAAUCUUUAUUUAUAAUUGAAUCACUUGUUUAUUUUUCAACAAGCUUUUAGUUAUUUUUAUAUCUUUUUUUCCCAAAUAGUUCAAGAAAGACCACUACAAAUGAGCAAUAUUUUGCACUGUUAUACAAUUUAAUAAAUCAGAAACUGAUGACAUAGUGCUGUAUUUUACUUCUUUGUCUCUUUUUUUCAACCAAAAAUGCUUUGCUCUGAUUAGGUACUUGAAUUAAAAAAAAUGUUCACAGGGGGUACAACACUGAAAAAGGUUGAGAACCACUGCUAUAAAACAGUAGACUUUUCUCUUAGACUUUUGUAACACAUACAAAAGAAAUAGGACAAAAAUAAACAUCCACUGCAGACGAUGCUGCUUUUCAGGAAUAUAUAUAUAUAUAUACACACACACACACACACAUAAACAUGUAUAUAUGUAGGUGUGUAUGUGUAUGUGUAUAUAUAUAUAUAUAUGUGUGUUUGUGCGUAUAUGUAUGUAAACAUAUACAGUGUAUGUGUAUAUAUAUACGUAUAUAAGCACAUAUGUAUAUACAUAUAUACAGUAUAUACAUAUAUAUAUAUAUAUAUAUAUAUAUAUAUAUAUAUAUAUAUAUAUAUAUAUAUAUAUAUCAAUCAAUGUUUACUUAUAUAGCCCUAAAUCACUAGUGUCUCAAAGGGCUGCACAAACCACUACGACAUCCUCGGUAGGCCCACAUAAGGACAAGGAAAACUCACACCCAGUGGGACAUUGGUGACAAUGAUGACUAUGAGAACCUUGGAGAGGAGGAAAGCAAUGGAUGUCGAGCGGGUCUAACAUGAUACUGUGAAAGUUCAAUCCACAAUGGAUACAACACAGCCGCGAGAGUCCAGUCCAAAGAGGAUCCAAGACACAGCAGCGAGAGUCCCGUUCACAGCGGAGCCAGCAGGAAACCAUCCCAAGCGGAGGCGGAUCAGCAGCGCAGAGAUGUCCCCAGCCGAUACACAGGCGAGCAGUACAUGGCCACCGGAUUGGACCGGACCCCCUCCACAAGGGAGGGUGGGACAUAGAAGAAAAAGAAAAGAAACGGCAGAUCAACUGGUCUAAAAAGGAGGUCUAUUUAAAGGCUAGAGUAUACAAAUGAGUUUUAAGGUGAGACUUAAAUGCUUCUACUGAACCCCAAUAAGUUUUUCCAACUAGUUUAAGUCGGGGUCCACGUUAAUCAAUUCAUGGUAAAUUCAUGUAUGUAUAUAUAUAUAUAUAUAUAUAUAUAUAUAUAUAUAUAUGUAUAUAUAUACUGUUCAGCUGCAGUUUUCUACAUCAUCUUGUAUAUUCAUGUAUAAUAUGUUGUUUUCUUAUGGAAAUAGAAUUGUCUCACAUCAACUUGUAUAUAUCAAUAUUAUGAUAAUACCUAUACAUAUAUUAAUAAAUAUACAAAUACAAAUUUGAUAUAUAAAUAAGUAAAUAAUUUGAAUAAAUAUUAUUGAUAUAUAUAGGUUGAUGUGAGACAAUUCUGCUUCCAUAUUUUUUGAUAUGUACAUUUGUUUUAUGUAUGUUGUUUUCUAGCAGGUUGCCCACAUGUUUUUUAUUACAUGUUGUAUACAUAAUUUCUAUAUGUUUAUAUCCAUGUACGGUACAGUAUGUUGAUGUGAUGGAUGAACUAAUGUUGUAUAUAUAUAAUUUCUAUAUGUUUAUAUCCAUGUACGGUACAGUAUGUUGAUGUGAUGGAUGAACAAAUGAAGCAUUAUUUGUAUUUUA